GCAGAGAGCGGGCAGCAAGUCCUCGUCUCCCUUCGCACCAUCCCAGAUCGGGGCUUCUCCCUAAGCUGCAGCCAUCUGGUCACCGCUGAGCCACCUGGGCCUGUCUUUACCCAUGCCUGGGUUCCUGAGGUGCGGGCCAUUGAGGUGUGGGUGCCCACGGGUCCUGCCCUCAUGGUGCGGCUGUGCCACCAGCUGGCCCUGGAGUGUGAGGAGCUGCCCCGGCCCUUCCACCAGCAGGUGCUGGUGCCAGGAGGCCACCACAUCUCACUGCGGUAUGAGUUCCUGGUGCCCUGCCUAUGCGUUGAGGCCUCCUACUCCCACCAUGACAGCCCAAGGAGCAAACACUGCCCCUUCCAUGACCGGCCAGAUGCAUAUGGUCCUGAGCUGUGGUCCUCAGUGCACUUCCACGACUACAGCACCAGCAGCAAGGACCAGAUGGCGAUGGAGCUGAAUGCCACCUGCCCCCUGCACCCACAGGCCACCCUCUGCUGGAGGGAGGCACCAGAUGAGGCUGCACCCUGUCAUGACAUCCCCAAUUCCACAGCCAGUAAGGAUGGGCAGGUGUACAUAUUGGACAAGGUGGACGUGCACCCCCAGCUCUGCUUCCGAUUCUCCUACAAGAACAGCAGCCAUGUGGAGUGUCCCCACCAGCCAGAGACUGCCUGGAACGUUUCAGUGAGUGUGUGGGGGCUCCAGCUACGCCUGCACCUUACCUCCCGCAUCCCUGCAGCCUUCAGCGCAGCCCUGUGCCAGCGCCGGGGUGGGCAGUGUGAACCUGAGGCCCCACUCUACACUGUCACACAGCCAGAGGGCUCUGCUCCAGGGGAGUUGGCGCUGCUGCUGCCAGUGCAGAUCCUGGGCAGCUGCGUGCUGGUGUGGCGCUCGGAUGUGCAUUUUGCUCGGAAGCAGCUGCUCUGUCCCGAUGUCUCCCGCAGGCAUUUUGGGCUGCUGGGGCUGGUGCUGGCACUGGGACUGGUGGUGACUGUGCUACUCCUCAACUGCCGUGGUGCCUGGAGGCCAGAUGAUGGUGUCCCUGGCGGGCGCCCUGUGCUGCUGCUGUACUCGCCAGACUCAGAGGAGCAUCUGGGGCUGGUGUGUGCCCUGGCCGAGCGGCUGCGGGCAGGGCUGGGCUGCGAUGUGCGCCUGGACCUGUGGGAAACGGGUGGCUUGGGUCAGGCGGGCGCCCUGCCCUGGCUCUAUGCCCAGCGGGGCCGCGUGGGCCGCCAGCGUGGCACUGUCCUCCUCCUCUGGAGCCAGGGCAGUGCCCGGCUCUUUCAUCGGUGGCAGGUCGGGAUGGCCGACGGGACGCCUGGGGAUGCCCAUGACAUUUUUGGGGCAGCCAUGGCAUGCCUGCAUGGCGAGCUGGGGGCGGCGGGCAGCGGCAGUGGGUGGGUCCUGGCAUACUUCAGCCGGCUUUGCAGCCCCCAUGAUGUCCCCCGACCCCUUCGGCCCCUACCCACCUACCGCCUGCCCCGACAGCUGCCCGGUCUACUGGGUGCCCUGCGGGGCAGCCCCCCGGCCCCUCGCCGCUGCCGUCGGGGCAGGGUGGGGGGCCUCUUGCAUCGGCUCUGCCCGACACGGAUAUGCAGCACCCUGGUAGCCACUGGGUUGUGGGACCCUGCCAAGGUUCAGGGGGCUCCGGCAGCCAGUUGA